UUUCAGGUUUAUCUUGCCAGCUCGCCUCUCUGCCCUGCUCUCUCACCCCCACCCUCUCGCUAUUGAGUCUUUGAUGAGGGAAGGAGGAACUCGAACUAAUUCAGGAUACACACGGCGGGAUGGCGGAAUUCGCAAGGACGGCGAGAUUGCAAGGGGACGACAGCAGCGGAGAAGGGGCGAUGGCGGAAGGGCUGGCGACGGCAUUCCAGUGCUUUCAGGACGGGAUGGGGGAGAAGCUGAUCUCCCUGGCCCAGCAGCAGUCGGCGCUGUUGUCGAAGCUUGAGGCCUCUCGAGAGGCCCUGCCGGUGUCUUCCACCGGACGAACGCGAGACCGUAGUGGGCGCGCCGAGUACAACGAAGACGUUGAAUUCAUCGCCAAGAUCAUGUCCCAGGCCCCAUCGUACGCCCAACGUGUGCGGGCGCUCGCCCAGCAAAAGGCAUCGCUAGAUGCGCGGAUGGUCAACCUCCAGCGAAGAAGCACCGGGCUGAGGGAGUCUCUGCCCGUACCGAUGCAGCGUCACCUAGCCGAACGGUUAGAAGCGUCUUGCAUGGCCCCGUUUCGGGAACAGACGGAUAUGGCGUUCGUGACGUGCUACCAAGGGGGUGUCGCCAUAAGAACGGCACCGAGUCUCGAUGCGCCAUGCGCGGGGGAUAUUUUGCAAUGGAACGAGGCGAGUGGAGUCUUUUGGGCUUCCGAGCGACUAGGGCGGUUAGGGGAGGACAUGAUCUACGUGAAGCUGAGGGACGGGCGGGGGUGGGUUUUCGAGACCCUCCACGGCAAGAAAGUGCUGGAGCGGGUAGCCCUGUCAUCGAUGGAAGACAUUGAAGAUGCUGGCCCAGCUGCAAGCGGCAGUAGUAGUAGUAGUGUCUUAGAAGGAAAUGAUCGAUGACUUGUGUCGUCAGAUCUACUACACGGAUUUUUUUUAUGUAUUUUGUUCUCGUCGACGUUUUACUUACGAGAAGUGCAAAUAUGUACAGUACAUCCUACGCGCGGAAAUCUCUGUCUAUCUUGGAUGGCUCCGUCAGGGCAACGGCUCUGAAGAUGUUUGAUGCUUGAUGCUCGGAACAUAGACCCAAGGGGGAAGGUUGACGUGCCGGUGGUGUGGCAAGAUAACGACAGGAGAAGAGCCGCUGCUGGAGAAUGAGUCGGGUUAUAGCAUCUAGGGCCCCCACUCCAGGUAACAACAAUAUGAUGAGAAAGAGAUUACUUUUGGCGCAGGUUCGCGAAUCUUUGAAAAUGGGGCUAAGAAACGUAGCCUUACCUGAGGGACAGGAUAAGAAACAUACCUGGUGCUCCUGGUAUGAAGAACCUCGUGUUGCUGCAAGCCAUGUUUGGGUGCGCCGCGGUUGGCGUGAUGCACGGAACGCAUGACCAACUCUCAGCUUGGACUACAUGAUCAUACCGACGCC